UUCCAGAAAUACAUUUCGCUCCUCAUCAGUCUCCUCCCCACAACCCUAAAACCUCUCAAAUUGAGACCCAAAGAAGAUCCCCAAACCCCCCAAAAAUGCGGCAAAAAUCCGAUCACGGCGCCGCCACCGCCGCCGCGCCAAUCUCUUCAGACGCCUCCUCUCCGGGACGCCUUUCUCCUUUCGUCCUCGGCCUCUUCCGCCCUCCUCCUUCCGCCCAUCCUCGCCUGCCGCCUCAGGCUCCGCGCUGCCGCCGGCCGACGACCCUCCCCUCUCCAACCCUAACCCUAACCCUAAUCCUCCUCACUUACUUCGCCGUCGUCUCCGGCCUCGUCUACGACGUCAUCGUCGAGCCCCCCGGCAUCGGCAGCACCCAAGAUCCCCGCACCGGCGCAGUCAAGCCCGUGGUUUUCAUGCCUGGGCGAGUCAACGGGCAGUACAUCAUCGAGGGGAUCUCCUCUGGGUUCAUGUUCUUGCUGGGCGGCGUUGGGCUUAUACUGAUGGAUCUGGCGUUGGAUAAGAACCGGGCGAGGAGCGUUAGGGUUUCGUUCGCGGCGUUCGGGAUCUCGGCGGUGGUGAUCGGGUACGUGAUGGCGAUGCUCUUCAUCAGGAUCAAGAUCCCAUCUUACUUGUGGUGAUUCCGUCGAAGAAGGGUACCUCUAGAUCUGAUGUUUUCUUUCCUUUACUUAAUAAACUGCUUCCAGAUGGGUUAAUUGAAUGAUGUUUAUGCUUGCAUUGCGAAAUGUUACAAACUUUAGUGUGAAAUGUGGGUAAUUUUAGGGCUUUAUGUACUGUGAUUGUAUUUGGCUAUCUUUUAAUGCGGUAUGAAGUAUAUUCUGUUGAGAUGGAUAUCAUGAAUUACGAUAUUGCUGGUAUUAUUGGCAGUUCAUGUA